AUGUCGAAGAGACCAACGCUCGCAAUCAGUUUGAGCGCGAGUUGGGCCUCGGAGCCGCGUCGCGCAUUCCGCGCGUUCUGCUCACACGGCUACCAACCGGACUGGACAGAAGUGAUAGAGAUAGUGACGACGAUCUCUCUGAUCCGCAUCGCCGGGCUGGACGAUUCCGUAGCGACCGCCGACGUCAUCCAAGAGGUCGCAAAGGAAGGAGGGUGCUCGAUUGGGGACAUUCGGGCGGGUAAACUGGUGGUCGGGCCACGGGGCGACGCGUCCGUAUGGAUGCGCGUCCCGGUCGCAGCCGCCAAGAAGGUCAGCAGCUCCGGGCGGUUGAUGGUCGGCUGGGUGUCGGCGAGGGUGGUGCUGCUGGCCGCGAGGCCUAAGCGCUGCUUCCGCUGCCUUGACACCGGCCACGUGGCGGUGAAGUGCCAGCACCCGGAGGACCGUAGCCGGAGAUGUUUCCGGUGCGGGACUUCGGGUCACAAGGCGGCCGAGUGA